GCCUCACAUAGUUGGCUUAUUCAAUUCAGAUUGAGAUGCCAAUAAAAUACGUACUUUUUUAGUUUUUUCCAAACAAUACAAUACUUUAGUUGAAAUACUUAAUCAGCACAGGUCUGCAUAUUUUCUUAUCUGUAAGGUUGGGUUUAUCCGAAUUAAAAUAAAAAUUCUAUAUUACUCAAAAUUUUCACAAUUGUAUGCUCCAAAGGAAUUAAAAUUCUUUUAGGCCAAAAAGGAGUUGGUUUUUCCCAUCUAUUAUAGGAUAAAUAUGGCAUCUGAACCUGUAAACGUAAAGGAGUUCCAAGAAUUGGCUAAGAAUGUCCUUCCAAAGAUGUACUAUGAUUUCUAUACAGGAGGAGCUGAGGACCAGUACACACUGAAGCAAAAUGUUGAAGCAUUUCAAAGAAUCACGAUAAGGCCUAGAAUUCUUUUAGAUGUUAGCAGAAUAGAUAUGUCAACUACUGUGUUGGGAUACAAAAUCUCAGCCCCUAUAAUGGUUGCUCCAACUGGCAUGCAUCAAUUCGCACACCCUGAAGGAGAGGUUGCCACAGCCAGAGCAGCCGCAGCAUGCAACACCAUAAUGGUUCUUUCCUACAGUUCUAACUGCAGUGUGGAGGAGGUUGCUUCUAGCUGCAAUGCUGUUCGCUUCUUUCAGUUAUAUGUUUUUAAGAGACGCGAUAUAUCAGCUCAGAUAGUUCAAAGAGCUGAAAAAAGUGGAUUUAAAGCUAUUGUCCUAACAGUUGAUACUCCUAGACUUGGUCGAAGGGAGGCAGACAUAAAGAAUAAAAUGGUUGUACCUCGGUUGAAGAACUUUGAAGGUCUUUCAUCAAUUGCAGUAGACUCUAAUGGUGGUUCAGCUCUUGAAAGUUAUGCGAAUGAGACAUUAGAUUCUUCUCUCCGUUGGGAGGACAUAGGAUGGUUAAGAUCUAUCACAAGCUUGCCAAUUCUGAUCAAGGGGGUACUCACUCAUGAAGAUGCAAGAAUGGCUGUGGAAGCAGGUGUUUCUGGGAUUGUUGUCUCUAAUCAUGGAGCUCGACAGCUAGAUUACACUCCUGCCACUAUUUCUGUCCUUGAAGAGGUAGUUCAUGCUGUAGAAGGAAAAGUUCCAGUUCUUUUUGAUGGAGGAGUGCGGCGAGGAACAGAUGUCUUCAAGGCAUUAGCCCUCGGCGCACAAGCAAUACUUGUUGGAAGGCCUGUUAUAUAUGGCCUUGCAGCAAAGGGGGAAUACGGGGUCAGACGUGUCCUUGAAAUGCUGAAAUAUGAGCUCGAGCUCACCAUGGCUCUUUCUGGCUGUCCUCAACUUCAAGAUAUCACAAGGGACCAUGUGAGGACAGAGCAUGAGAGACUCCGCUCGAUGCUUUAAUUUUUCUUAAAAGCCUUACUUAAUGUUCCCAAGUCUUAUCUGUGCUUGAUGCUUUAAUUUUUCUUGGAAGCCCAACUUCAUGUUCUCAAUUCUCAUCUGUCUUGAACAUACAAGUUGAUCUUAAAUUUGGGGUCAUUGUGUUAAUCUGUGAUUUGGUGGGCAUUGUAUUAUUGAACCUGGAAAUUAUGAACUUACUGCAUCUUUGCAGUGGAUAAGAUUGCAGAUUUAUAAGGGCAAAGUGCCAGUAAACUUAUACAAGAUUAAUUCUAGCUUGAUUUUA